CAGCACAAACCGCUCCAGGGGUAGGAAAGUUCUGGCGCUCAGCCCUGGAGAGAGAGGCCAGCAGCGGCCCCUGCCGCCAUGGACGCCACCGUGAGCCCCAGUGUCUCCACCGGAACCCCCGCACCUCCCCACCCGUCGGACCGUAUCAAGAAUGCAGCAGACAUCUCUGUCAUUGUCAUCUACUUCGUGGUGGUCAUGGCCGUGGGGAUAUGGGCCAUGCUGAAGACCAAUCGAGGGACAGUGGGAGGCUUCUUCUUGGCUAGCCGGAACAUGGUGUGGUGGCCAAUUGGUGCUUCCCUCUUUGCCAGCAACAUUGGCAGUGGCAGUUUUGUGGGACUGGCUGGGACAGGCGCAGCUUCAGGAAUUGCUGUUACGGUACUUGAGACCAAUGGCCUGCCAUUGCUAUUGGUCCUAGGCUGGUUGUUUGUCCCUAUUUACAUCAAGGCUGGGGUGGUAACCAUGCCCGAGUACCUGAUGAAGAGGUUUGGAGGAAAAAGGAUUCAGAUCUACUUCUCCCUCCUUUCCCUGUUCUCUUCUGUGGCAAUGAGAAUCUCGGCAGACAUGUUCUCAGGAGCCAUAUUCAUCAAGCUGGCCCUCGGGCUGGACCUUUACGUGGCCAUCUUCAUCCUCCUGGUCAUCACGGGGAUCUUUACUGUUGCAGGUGGUCUGGCCUCUGUGAUUUACACUGACACCCUGCAGACGGUCAUUAUGCUGGUUGGUUCUUUCAUCCUCACCGGCUAUGCUUUUGCAGAAGUGGGAGGGUACGAGUCCUUCACUGAGAAGUACAUGAAAGCCAUCCCAUCUGUCAUCACAGACGGAAAUGUAACUCUGAAACCAGAAUGCUACAUGCCCAAAGAAGACUCCUUCCACCUCUUCCAGGAUCCCAUCACUGGCGAACUCCCAUGGCCAGGAAUUGUCAUUGGAAUGAACCUUGUUUCUGUUUGGUACUGGUGCACAGACCAGGUGAUUGUGCAGCGCUGCCUCUCAGGGAAGAACCUGUCCCAUGUGAAGGCUGGCUGCAUCAUGUGUGGCUACCUGAAGCUGCUCACCCUCUUCCUCAUGGUGAUGCCUGGCAUGAUCAGCCGCAUUCUGUACCCAGAUGAGGUGGCCUGUGCAGUGCCUUCAGAAUGUGAGAAACACUGUGGAACCAGGGUGGGCUGCACCAACAUGGCCUACCCGAAGCUUGUGUUAGACCUCAUGCCAAAUGGACUUCGAGGACUGAUGAUGUCUGCCAUGUUGGCAUCACUCAUGAGCUCCCUCACCUCCAUCUUCAAUAGUUCCAGCACGUUGUUCACCAUUGACAUCUAUACCAAAAUCCGAAAGCAAGCAUCGGAGAGAGAGCUCCUGAUAGCAGGAAGGUUGUUCAUCAUCAUCAUGAUUGCCCUCAGCAUUGCUUGGGUCCCAUUAGUCCAGGAAGGUCAAAACGGUGAACUUGUCCAGUAUGUAGAAUCAAUAUCAAGCUACCUUGGGUCCCCCAUUGCAGCCGUGUUCCUUCUUGCCAUCUUCUGCAAGAGAGUUAAUGAACAGGGGGCCUUCUGGGGACUGAUGUUUGGACUUGUGGUCGGCAUGACUCGCAUGAUUGCUGAGUUUGUCUAUGGGACAGGCACCUGCAUGGAGCCCAGCAAGUGUCCCAACAUCAUCUGUGGAUGGCAUUUCUCCUAUUUUGCCAUCGUCCUUUUCGCCCUGACAGCCUUGGUUGUACUUGGCAUCUCUCUGGUGACAAAGCCGAUUCCUGAUGUACAUCUGCAUCGCCUUUGCUGGGCUCUCCGUAAUAGCAAGGAAGAGCGCAUCGACCUGAAUCCUGUUCAGUAUGGACAAGAGGAAGCUGAAGACAAGGUGGAAGAAGAUAUCCCUGCGGAAUCACCAGGAUGUUUCAAGAGGGCCUGGAAUGCAUUCUGUGGGCUGGAGUCGAAGAAAGGCCCCAAGCUGACCAAGGAAGAGGAAGCUGCCCUGCAGAAGAAGCUGACAGACACAUCCGAAAAACCCUUCUGGAGGAACGUGGUCAAUGUCAACGCCAUCCUGGUCAUGACGGUGGGCGUCUUCUACCACGGCUAUUUUGCCUGA